GGCGACUUGAGCCUGAUGUGUGUGUGUUAAGUGCUGCUCUACUCUUUUUCUGGGUUCUUUUCUGGUAGUUGAACAUGGCUGCAGCUGUCGUGAGACACAAGCACUUUACUCACGACUAUCGUAGUAAAGAGUCAAAAUAUGUGGUAAAGGAAUAUUCCAGCUCUCAAGUUGAAGAAGUGAAAUACGAAUACAAAACAACAAAGAAUAUCAGAAAUGUGGUGGAGAGGAAAAUUCCAGAAAAGUACAUCCGUGAGUCAUCCAUGAUCAGGGGCCCCAAGUUCCUGGUUAGGCUCAGGUCACACACUGUACUUGAGAACACCCCUAUAAAGCUUUUCUGCACUGUAGAGGGGUACCCAACCCCAAUCGUCAAAUGGUUCAAGGAUGACAUUCUUCUUGACAUUUCCUCCGGAAAUUACUUUGUGGAGGGCACUGCUGGAAUUCACUGCCUCACCAUCCUGAAGUGUGGAAUAAAUGAUACCGCCAUGUACACAGCUGUUGCCACUAACUCCCAUGGCCAGGCCUCAUCUCAGGCUUCUGUGAUCGUCAAGCGUGCCAAAGAUGAAGAAAAAGUCAUUCCUUUUUCUUGGAUGCCUUAUGAAUAUGCAAUUUUACCUGAGAUAAAAUACACCAAGAUCAACAUCACCUUUGUUGAGAAGUUUGCUGUGACAUUUGGUAAAGAGGAGGAAUGUGUGACUUUGUCCUGCAAAAUGACCAUAAGUCCAAAUUUAGCCAAUCUGCAGCCUGAAGCCCUGUGGUACAGAGACGAGCACCUUCUGAAAGAGUCAAAGUGGGUGAAAAUGGAGUCUGGGGGAGGUGUUGCUAAGCUCACUCUGACUCACCUCGCCAAGGAUGAUGAGGGUCUGUAUACCUUACGCAUGGCGACCAAAGGAGGGGAUGCAGUGCACAAAGCUUAUGUCUACGUAGAAGAUGGGCCUCCUCCAGUUCCACUGGCCCCUGGAGCCCCCAUGGACAUAAAGAUUCAUGAUGCUAACAGAGAUUAUGUUAUUGUAUCCUGGAAGCCACCUAACACCACCACUGAGGGACCCAUCAUUGGAUACUUUGUUGAUCGCUGCGAGGUUGGAACCGAGAACUGGGUCCAGUGUAACGAUUCUCCCAUUAAGAUCUGUAAAUACCCUGUGCCUGGCCUGUUUGAGGGACACUCUUAUUACUUCCGUGUACGUGCUGUUAACUCACAUGGCAUCAGCAGGCCUUCCAGAGUGUCUGAACCCGUUGCUGCACUGGACCCUACUGAGUUAGAGAGGCUUAAAGCCACAAGGCUUGGUGGGAAACUAGAAGUUGUUACCUAUCAUGAUGACCUUGAAGCUGAGGGAAAGCCUCCAGGAGCUCCAUCCAAAGUUUAUGCCUCUGAGACUGACCGAACAUAUGUUGUGCUCAGCUGGACCCCCCCAAAGUACCAUAACAAGGCGCCCAUGUGGUACUACAUCGAGAAGACUAUGGUUGGCAGUCAGGCUUGGCAGAGAGUGAACACUAAAGUGCCAGUGCGCUCACCACGCUAUGCUGUGUUCGACUUGGCUGAAGGGAAGGAGUACCUGUUCCGUGUGCUCUCAGCCAACAUGUAUGGCACAAGUGAGGCAUCUGAGCCAACUAAACCCAUCAAAACUCAAGAACUGCGGGGUGUUCCUUCAGCUCCCGGUCAGGUUGUAGCCACAAGAGAUACUGACACAUCUGUUCUGAUCCAGUGGGCCCCUCCAAAAGAGCCCAACAACCUCAUUGGUUAUUACAUCGACUCAUGCGUUAAAGGGUCAAAGAACUGGGUGUCUGCCAAUCACAAGCCCAACAAGAAGACAGAGUUUGUCGUUCAUGGUCUGAAAACAGCGGAGACAUACGUGUUCCGUGUGCAGGCCAUCAAUGAGCUAGGACUCAGUGAGGAGUCACAGGAAUCAGCACCGAUCUCUGUCAGAGCUGCACUCAAGCUUCCCUCGGCUCCGUAUGACAUCGCUCUCAUCAGCUGUGACGGCCAAUCCAUGGUGCUCAACUGGAAGCGUCCCACCUACUCUGGUGGCGCGGAGAUCACUGACUAUUACAUCGACAAGUGCAACGUAGCCAAGAAAGCGUGGCACGAGGUCAACGUUAAACCCGUUAAAGAAAGGCUCUUCAAGGUUCCGAACCUGACAACUGGUUCAGUUUAUCAGUACAGGGUUACUGGUGCCAAUAUGAUUGGGUUGGGUCAAACAUCUGCUACUAGUCAUCUGUUCAAAUGUGAGGCGUGGAACAUGCCUGAACCAGGUCCAGCUUAUGACCUAAGUGUCACUGAGAUCAGAGAUGACUCUGCCGUGGUGCAAUGGAAGGCUCCUGUCUAUACCGGUGCCAGUGCCAUCGCUGGUUACUAUGUGGACAUGUGCAAGAUAGGCACUGACACCUGGACCACUGUCAACUCUAGCGCAGUGAACCAUUGCUUCCUCAAGGUGAAAGAACUGGAGACGGGAUCGUCCUACAUGUUCAGGGUACAUGCUGAGAAUGCCCAGGGCACUGGCAUGCAUUCCAUGUCCUCUGACUCAAUAUGUGCCAAGACACUGUCAGGUGCUCAGGAAAUCAAAUGUGGCGUAGAUCAGGAGACCGGCGACAUUCAUCUGUCUUUUGAGAGCUGCCAGAUGUCAGAGCACUCCCAGUUUGUGUGGAAGAAAUCCUACCAAGAAAUUACAGAUUUCUCCAAAGGAAUCACCAUUAAAACAUCAGGCAGCCAAUCAACUCUGCUGUUUAAGAACCCAGAUAAAGAGGAUGUGGGCACCUUCUCAGUCUCUGUCACCAACACUGAUGGUGUUUCAUCCAGUUACAAAAUCUCUGCAGAAGAGCUUGAGAAAAUGUUGGCACUCAGCCAUGACAUCCGUAAUCCAAUUAUCCCCCUGAAGGCAGAGCUUGCGUACAAAAUUCUGGAGAGAGGUCGCGUGCGCUUCUGGGUACAAGCUGAGGCCAUCUCCUCUGCCGUGACCUACAAAUUCUUUGCCAAUAACAAGGAGCUUGUCAAAUGCGAGCAAAGUAAGAUGAGUCACGACGCAGCCACAGGCAUCAUUGAGAUGGUGCUGGAUCACUUUACUGAAGAAAACGAGGGGACAUAUACUGUGCAGAUUCAGGACGGACGAGGAAAAGCUCAGUCCACACUGGUGCUCAUCGGAGAUGUUUUUAAGGCAGCUUUGGCUGAAGCUGAAUACCAGAGGAGGGAGUACAUCCGUGUGAAAGAGGGACCUCAUUUUAGCCAGUUCCUGUCUGUCCACGUAGGAGAUGAUGCCAGCGUCAGUAUCAUCUGCAAGGUGGCUAAUCUGAAGAAAGAGUCUGCAUUUCACUGGUUUAAGAACGAUGUGGAAGUGAUUCCAGGGGUGCCUGCUGACCUGAGCUCUGGAGUGUGUAAACUCCCACUGUCUUUGUUCUCCAAAAAGGAUGUAGGAGUGUACAAAGCAACUAUCAGCGAUGAGAGAGGACAAGAUGAAUCUCAGGUGGAUAUUUCUGGCAAAGUCUUUGACAACAUCAUUAAUGAGCUCUCGCGUGUGGCCGGGGCCAGCGCCUCUGAGUUGGUGAUCCACUGCACUGCUGAGGGCAUCAUGCUGCAGUGCCAUAUAAAAUACUACACAGAAGAGAUGAACAUAUACUGGCAGCAGAAGCAAACUAAAAUCACUUCAUCUGAAAGGCUGCGUGUUAGUGGCAUGCCUAACAUGGCCACUCUGGAGAUAGUUGAACCUACAGACAAGGAUAAAGGUUCAUACACCUUUGUGCUCUCAGACACAGAUAAAACCUAUACUCGCACUUUUGAACUCUCCGGUGAAGUCUACGAUAAUGCCUACACCGAGUUCCAGAGACUCAAAGCGGAAGCAUAUGCUGAAAAGAAUCGUGGAAAAGUGCUCGGUGGUCUGCCAGAUAUUGUGACCAUCAUGGAAAAAAAGACCCUGAGCCUCACCUGCGCAGUGUGCGGUGACCCCAAACCGCAUAUCACCUGGUAUAAGCUCGACCAGGAGGUCGAGCCAAGUGACCAGUAUGUGAUCUCACUGGACUCGGGCAAAUUUGCCAGCCUCACCAUCAAGGGUGUGACCAUGGAUGACUCGGGCAAGUUCACCAUGUGUGUGCAGAACAGAUAUGGUGGUGAGGCGGUAGACGUCAUUGUCAGCAUCUACAAGCAUGGUGACAAGAUGCCAGACAUCAAGCCCUCCGCCGCCCCUAAGAGAGUUUUACCUCCAACUCAGCCAAUCGAAAUCCCCAGCCCCAAGGCAGCUAGCCCUGCCCCUGCCACUACUGCCAAAACCACAGCUCCAGGCUCCCAUGCCAAAUCAUCUCCCUCUAGUGGCAUGAAGUCUCCAACUCCUUCACGAAGGAAGUAAAUAAAACACCCUCAACAGUCCAGUUCUGGACAAGAAGGAAGCAAUUCAGGAAAAGAGUGAUGGAAUAAUGGAAAAUUAAAUAAAUAAUAUUGUGUUUUUGCCAGGGACAAUUAUUAGGCCCCCAGGAUCUUCUGAAAUAAUAAAGAAGUUAAUAAAGAAGGUGGAAAUCAAAAUGAAGAAGGUCAGGUUAUAUUUAGUGCCUUUUCCUCCACCUGCACAAUGAAGUGUGAAGCAGUUUGUCAUCAGGCUAGGUUAAGCAUGUGGGCUGCUAAUGAAUUUGGCUGCCUCAGCUUGGAGGUCUUGCUGGAAAAUUACCCUGGCUUUGAUGUUUAGUUUAUUAAAUCAAUGUUUUUAAGCUGUAUUCUCAAUCAGGUGGUGAAAUCUUGAUGCUUCUGCUCUAAGUAGAGAUGGAUGGUCCAUUGACUGCUGGGCACUAGAUUUAACACUACAAAUAAACCUCCUUUCCUGUUUUCUUCUAUAUUUUUCUCCUCUUCAACCUUUUGCUUGCCUUUGUGCUAUUAAAAAGUAGUAAUCACU